UUCCAGUUGAGGGGUGCAUGGGUAGGAGGGCUCUCUGCACAUGCAGCCUACACAGGACGGGGCAUCUCCAGGGACAGCGCCAAGAGCUCAGGGCUGAAGGAGCCUCAGGUGCCCACAUGUAUGCCCAGGGCCAGGAGUAUCACUGCUGGACUGUCAGGAGCCUGAGCACAGUUCCUCCUGUCAUUGUUCCUCCAUUCAGGCCUCUCAGGAGAGCCCUUCCUGCCCAGAAGGUGGCACUGUCCCGAGGCUGGUGAUGCUCAUCUGUCAGCCCAUCCCCAUCAAUGGCCCUUCCCCAUCAAUGAGUCCUUUGAUUUCCUCUCCCACCCUUGUUAGUGAUUUCACUCCCCAGAGCUUAGUGAGUGAGGGUCUCCAAGGUCCCCUGGACUGUCCCCAUGUUUUCUGAGCCCCCUGAGGUAUCACCAUGUGGCAGUGAGAUGGGCAGGCUGAGCUCAGGCCUCCUACUGUAGCCAGAGCUCCUGCUGGGACCAGGGCCAUGGGCCAGCACGGGUCCUAGAGAGCCACAGCUGCCGCUCUACCCAGUUCCAGGAUACAGCAGAGGGUCCCAAGAGCCCAUGGCGGGAAGGGAUCUGGGGUCAUCUUUGAACCAAAUGGUACCCAUCCAGCCAGUGGGACUCAGGCUCAGAAAUACUGUCUCCAGAAAUGCACAGUUAACAAUGGUGAGUUACCCUACGUAUGCUGGAGCAAUCUGGCCUGUGACCUCAGGCCCAUGUCCUCUACCCCUGCAGGUUCUGCGGGGAGUGCCUCCAGCCAUGCCUACAGGUACCAUCCCCCCUGUGCCCGCUGUGCCGCCUGCCCUUCGACCCCAAGAAGGUGGACAAGGCCACCCACGUGGAGAAGCAGCUCUCGUCCUACAAGGCACCCUGCCGGGGCUGUAGCAAGAAGGUGACACUGGCCAAGAUGAGGGUGCACGUUUCCUCAUGCAUGAAGGUCCAGGAGCAGAUGGCCAACUGUCCCAAGUUUGUCCCUGUGGUGCCCACAUCCCAGCCCAUUCCCAGUGCCGUCCCUAACAGAUCAACCUUCACCUGCCCUUACUGUGGCGCCCGCAACCUGGACCAGCAGGAGCUGGUGAAGCACUGUGUGGACAACCACCGCAGCGAUCCCAACCGUGUGGUGUGCCCCAUCUGCUCAGCGAUGCCCUGGGGUGACCCUAGCUACAAGAGUGCCAACUUCUUGCAGCACCUGCUCCACCGGCACAAGUUCUCCUACGACACUUUUGUGGACUACAGCAUCGAUGAGGAAGCCGCCUUCCAGGCUGCCCUGGCCCUGUCUCUCUCCGAGAACUGAAGGCGCAGCCCAGCCACCAGGACCGAACCUCCCGCCUCGGGGGACAGGGCCAUGCUUCUCUCUGUGGCCCAGUGCCUGCACUUGAAUGCGCCUUGCGGGCCAGGUGGGACUCCAUCAUUUCAGAAGGAGAGGCGGUACUCGGAUUGCCAGGCCGGGAGAGACCACUGUCCCCUCUCCAUCAGAGGAUGGUUGCCUGUGCUCCUGAUCAAGCGUGGCUGGUUUCUUCGGUGCUUCAGGCCAAGCAGGCAGCCCUCUCAGGGCCGGCCUGUUGGGACUGAGAGCAGUCAGCUAUCUGCCUCUCUCAAAGCCAUGGUGUCCUCCCCAUGCGGAGGGGGAGCCCCAGCGACGCCCGGCCGGCCGCCGGCGUCUGGCAGCACUUCCCCUGUGCACCUGGUACUGGCUUUGUGAUACCUAGAAAUUCUGGCAUUUUUCUAUAUUAUCCAGUGUGAUAACCUUUUCACAUUUUAUAGAGCAAAGUCAAAGCAGUUUCUCUUCAUAUUGCAAUAUCUGUGUUUGACUAGGAACAAUAGUAUUUUUAUGGAGCAUUUACAAAAUUAUAUUUUUUAAAAAAAAGUCAAAAACAAACUGUUGUGGGAUCAAGCUGGGGAGGGAAGGAGAGAGGGAGCAAAUGCUGGGGCCAGAAUGAACCCUGGAGUUUCACUUGUGCACACGGGGUGGAGGUGGCCACGCCCCAGGCCAGCUCAGUGUUUUUGAGGGUUCCUGUGGUUGGUUUGUCAUUUCCCUUUGAUAGUGACUUGGAAGAAAUCUCAAUUCCUUGGCCACUUGCAGUGGCUGCUGGGCUGUUCUGGGGCCUCCUCCUGCCCAGGGUCCGGGCCUCAGCCCCGCUGACCACAUCCUGCCUUAGGCAGGGCCACCCCCAGUGGUGGUAGAGCUUGCGGGGGCAGGGCUGUGCAAUGGUGGACUGGGCCAGAAAAUGCUUGUCAGUACCCUUGUUUGGUUCAUGGCAUAAAUUAUUGCUAUCCUUUAAAAAAAAUAAAAUGUUUGAAAGCAUC